AUGUGGUUUCUGCAGAGAUCAGGUUACGAUCCUGCCCAAAUUACUAUAACUGUAAAUUGUAAACACGUUUUUUUUUUGUUACAGUGUGUCAGAAUGCUGUCAGUGGAGCACCUCCACCUCAAACAUGUCCUGCAGACAGUGUGUGCCCUGGAGGCCGUCAUACUUCGCAGUUUUGGCCCAGAGGGAGGACAGGUGUUGUUUACCCGCAGUACUGGACAGGCAAUGCUGAGCCGCAGUGGGACGCAGAUACUAAAAGCUUUGCAUCUGGAGCACCCACUGGCCAGGAUGGUGGUGGAGUGUGUGUGGAAGCACAGCACUGUAACGGGCGAUGGAUCAAAGACAUUUGUUCUACUACUUGCAUCUCUACUUCGAUUGAUACAUGGUGCAGCCAGCAAGGAGCCGAUCGCGUCUCAGUGGUAUAAGUCCACUGAAGCUGCCACUGCCAGGCAUUUAGCUGACAAACUGCUAGCAUUUGCCAUGACAGAGUUGGACGAUCUCAUUUCAGUCAGUGUGGUGCCGCAUGGAUUCUGUGUUUCGCUUGAGGAUUUCAGUACAAAAACACAGCUGCCAGCUCGCCCAAAUGGUUUCCGCGUUCAGACACUUCUAUCAUCGUUUUUUCACACACGUCUUGAUUAUGUGCACUGUGACUUUUUAAGUGACCUCGCAUGUGAACUGCUCGGCCGCUGGAAAGUUCAAAAUGACCAGCUUUCCCUUCAGUUUAUAAAUGACAACUUCCCAGCACUGCACACGCAGGUUUCAGGCUGCCCUGUCAGCUGCUCACGUUUGAUUGAGGGGCAGAUAAUUCACAGAGACUUUGCUACACCGCGCCUCCAAGUCAACAAGCAGCCAGUCAAAGCCGUAGUUCUCACAGGGUACCUGCAGCCGAAGUUACUCAGUCGAGGUUAUGUGCUCGAGUUGGGUUGUGGUGGCGGGGUGACGGACGAGAAAAGUAUCAUGCCAUUUAGUGCCUGGACAGAAAGAACACUAGAGAGCGUUCUUGCAGCUCUGCAGAGUUUUGGAGUCUCUGUGCUUUUGUGCUCACUGAAACAGUCUGCUGCUGCCUGCGCUUUAGCUGCACAGGCUGAAAUGUGCCUUGUGGAGUGUGUCAGUGAAGAAGAACUUUCUCUCUUUGUACAGCUUAGUAGAAUAACACCCAUCUCAGACUGCUGGACGAUUCAACCAGAGAAUGUUGCUACACUGAUGUUUUGCAAGGCAAUACUGCUCGGAGCCCACAGAUAUGUCCACGUGGCUUUCUGUGAUUCAGAAGAAAGAGUUAAACCUUAUAGUCUGGUGAUUUGUUCUCCAGGAGAAGAGCAAACUGCCCAGUACACAAGUGCAUUUCAAGAUGCAAUCCGUAUGCUACUUACAACUUGGAAGCCUGAGUGUAUGACUGAGGCCACAGCACUGAGACCCAUUCAGUCACAUAAAUGCACAUCGUCACAUGAAAACAGUCUUACAGCAUGCAGAUCUGAUGCGCGUGUUUUAAAGCCAGGUUGUGUGAUACCUGCUGGUGGAACAUUUGAGUUUCUCCUGCACCAUGCCCUCAUACAACAUGGCCACAGUUGCUCAGCUCCUAAUGUAGGGGUUUCUCAGAUCUUGGCAAAUGCCCUCUUGAGUGUGCCUCGACAGGUUUACUGUCACAAUCCAAGACGUUUCCUGCAGACUCAAACCAGGGUCGUGAGUUUGAUUUCCAACCAGUCCCAUCACUUUAUUCCACACGAUACGGCUGGAGAUCCUGAAACGGGAGAUGUACCAUCAAAGCUUUUUAUGUUGGACUUGGGCCUUGAAUCCAUCUCCUGUAAGCACCAGCUGCUCCUGGCUGUGCUGCAGUGUCUCACAAGUCUCCUCCGAGUGAACACGGUGCUGCGGACGCACACCGCUUUACACUCGCCGACGCACAAACUCGCAAACAUUUCUGAGGAGAGCCCAAACGAGACUGAGGACUGA